GUUCGCUACUUCUAGACCAUAGGCUCGCUACUUUCCGCCACUUGGAUCUGGCAACCUGCAGUGAGCCUCGGCCGCGUCCCUCGGCACCAUGAUUAAGGCCAUACUCGUCUUCAAUAACCACGGCAAACCCAGAUUAACCAAGUUCUAUCAGUACUUUAAUGAAGAAAUGCAGCAACAGAUAAUCAAAGAAACAUUCCAGUUGGUGUCCAAGAGAGAUGACAAUGUUUGCAAUUUUCUUGAGGGUGGCAGUUUGAUUGGAGGAGCAGACUACAAAUUAAUAUAUCGUCAUUAUGCUACGUUGUACUUUGUCUUUUGUGUUGAUUCAUCAGAAAGUGAGCUGGGAAUUCUAGAUCUCAUUCAAGUUUUUGUAGAAACCCUUGACAAAUGCUUUGAAAAUGUCUGUGAGCUGGAUCUCAUAUUUCAUGUUGAUAAGGUUCAUUAUAUUCUGAAUGAGCUAGUAAUGGGAGGAAUGGUGCUUGAGACAAAUAUGACUGAAAUCAUUACAAGAAUAGAAGACCAAAACAAACUGGAAAAACAAGAGCAUCACAGAAAAUCAGCUCUACCAUACUCCAGCAAAUCAUCCCUAGUAGCAUCUCCACUGCUUCAUAGACUAGAUGUAAAGUACUCCUCGCUGGAUUAGCAGCGGCUCCUGCUCGGGCAGUAUCAGCUGUUAAAAACAUGAACCUACCACAGCAAAUAAAAGAUAUCAAAUUGCCUGAUCUUCCAGCUGCCAUCAAAGAUCUCAAGUUCUGACCACAGAUGCCUUCCAUGUGGAUUAUCUUGUAUAUGCCAUUUAUUAAUAUAGGAUUACUAUUGUACUAUGAGUAAAAUUAAUUUGCAUGAAUUAAAAUUAUUUGAAUUAAAAUUAUUUUACUAAGAGUAAAAUUAAUGACAAAAUUGUCAUCUAUUUGAACUAUUUUGUAUACUGUAUUUUCAUCUGCAAUCAAAUCCAGUUUGAGAAAUUAUUUUGCAAUAAACAAAUAGUAUUAGUAUCUUGAAACUUUUUACAAAUGUUCCUAAAAUAAUAUACAGGUACUGCAUUUCUUUUUCCAAUUCAGAAACAGUACACUUUAUCUAAAUUAUUUUGUGUGUUAUCAGAAACCAAGUCAAGGUGUUUCCUGCAGAAUCUAUUAUAAAAAGUAACACUUAAUAAAAUGUUAAAGGUGA